AUGGUGAAAUAAUCAAAAGUUUAUAGAUCUAGAAGCAGAAAAUAUGAUAAAAUUACAUAAGAAGAAAGAGUUUAAAUAGUAUAAAUGAAAGAAAAUGGUUCAACUUGCAGAGAGAUUAGUGAAAUGAUGAAUAAAAAUAUUAAAACUAUAUAAUCGAUUAAAUCGAUAGAAAAGAAAUCAGAAUAUGCUGAUUUGAAAAAGGCUUUAAUUGAUUUUGGAUUCCAAAAAAUUAUGGAGAUGUAAUAAAUAGAUGUAUUAUAAAUUGAAUAAUUUUAGAAAAGGAAUUCUAAAAUCAUAGGGAAAUAAGCAAGUAAACUUAUUAAAGAGCAAUUAGAAAUGAAGACAUCAAAAUUUUGGAAUCUUAUUCCUGAAUAAAAAAAGUUCUCAAAUAAGAGAAGAAUAAUUUAACAGAUAGUAUUGAAUAUAGUAGAGAAAGUAUAAAAUGUAAUUCAAAAAAAUAAUGAUAAUCAUUAAUAAACAACAAUUGUUACCAAAGAAGAAUUUGAAGAGAAAAAGGAUGAAAUUCCAAAUAAUUUCUUUGUAUAACCAAUUCCUCCAUAAAUAGCAAAGGCUUAUUAUUAUCUAAUGUCUUUGCUUAUACCAAGAAAAAAUAUCUAUACAUGUCUAUAAUGA